CCAGCCCACCAGCCAUAGACCAUUGAGUAAUUUCUGUCAGUUUUCUUUUCCGGUUUACCUGUGGAGUACGCGAGACGUCUGCCACAGGCACCUGUCCAAGAUGGGCGCGUACAGAUAUAUUCAGGAGUUGUACAGAAAAAAGUUGAGCGAUGUUAUGCGUUUCCUCUUGCGUGUCAGAGUAUGGCAGUACCGCCAGUUGACUCGUAUGCAUCGCGCCCCUAGGCCUACCAGGCCCGACAAGGCUAGGAGACUGGGAUACCGUGCCAAGCAAGGUUUCGUUAUCUUCAGAAUCCGCGUGCGCCGUGGUGGCCGCAAGCGCCCUGUGCCCAAGGGUGCCACUUAUGGUAAACCCAAGAGCCAGGGUGUAAACCAGCUGAAGCCCACACGUAACCUGCAAUCCAUUGCUGAGGAGCGUGUUGGUCGCCGUUGCGGUGGUCUGCGUGUGCUUAACUCAUACUGGGUGGCUCAAGAUUCAUCAUACAAAUACUUUGAGGUCAUCUUAGUUGACCCCUCACACAAGGCUAUCCGCAGGGACCCCAAGAUCAACUGGAUAGUAAAUGCUGUCCACAAGCACCGUGAGAUGCGUGGUCUUACCUCUGCUGGCCGCAGUUCCCGUGGUCUGGGCAAGGGUCACAGAUUCUCACAGACCAAGGGAGGCUCCCGCCGCGCCGCCUGGAUCCGCCGCAACACGCUGCAGCUCCACCGCAAGCGAUAAAUGUUGCAUCGGACAAGCCAUUGACUUUCUAUUUGAUUUUUUUUAUUCUCACAUGGAAAGCCAGUGUCUAAUAAAAUUUAACUUUACAAUUA